CCGCUAAAAUGACAACCAAUCAGAAGGAUCACUUCUCUAGUGGAAAAUGGCCUAUAACGAUUGGGAUUUUAGCCUGGGGACCGCCCUAAAGCUGUUGGAACCAAUGGUAGUUGCGCAGGUGAUGAGCCAAUGAAGACGCGGCAUACUGCGUGGCGGCCGGUCGUUGACCACGCUGUGUGUGCUUGAGAGGAGGCAGGAGCUGUGUGCAGGCGACAGGAAGCGUCAUGAGGGAGUGUAUCUCUAUCCAUGUGGGGCAGGCAGGUGUCCAGAUCGGCAAUGCCUGCUGGGAAUUGUACUGCCUUGAACAUGGAAUCCAGCCUGAUGGUCAGAUGCCUAGUGACAAAACCACUGGUGGUGGGGACGACUCCUUCAACACGUUCUUCAGCGAGACUGGGGCUGGCAAGCACGUGCCCAGAGCAGUGUUUGUGGACCUGGAGCCCACGGUGGUAGAUGAAGUGCGCACGGGGACCUACAGGCAGCUCUUCCACCCAGAGCAGCUGAUCACAGGGAAGGAAGAUGCAGCCAAUAAUUACGCCAGAGGCCAUUACACCAUUGGCAAGGAGAUCGUGGACCUGGUCCUGGACCGAAUCCGCAAACUGGCAGAUCUGUGCACAGGCCUGCAGGGCUUCCUCAUCUUCCACAGCUUUGGAGGCGGCACCGGCUCUGGGUUCGCGUCUCUGCUCAUGGAGCGGCUCUCGGUGGACUACGGCAAGAAGUCCAAGCUGGAAUUUGCCAUUUAUCCAGCCCCCCAGGUGUCCACUGCUGUCGUGGAGCCCUACAACUCCAUCUUGACCACGCACACUACCCUGGAACACUCGGACUGGCAGGUGGGCAUUAACUACCAGCCCCCCACUGUGGUCCCUGGGGGAGACCUGGCCAAGGUGCAGCGGGCCGUGUGCAUGCUGAGCAACACCACUGCCAUUGCUGAGGCCUGGGCCCGUCUGGACCACAGGUUCGAUCUCAUGUAUGCCAAGCGGGCCUUUGUGCACUGGUAUGUGGGAGAAGGCAUGGAGGAAGGGGAGUUCUCUGAGGCCCGGGAGGACCUGGCAGCGCUGGAGAAGGAUUACGAAGAGGUGGGUGUGGAUUCCGUGGAAGCAGAAGCUGAAGAAGGGGAAGAAUACUGAAUAGGAGCGAGCAGCUGGCAGACAAUCCUGUCUUCCACUGUCUUCUGCUACCCUGUAGCAUGGCUGUCUUCAGGUUAUUUACAAUUAAAAUUUCUGUGUAAA